UCAUCUGGUUAUCGUCUAUGGUAGGUUCUCGGCGCCGGUCAAAGUGUCAUUCUCCUGGUCGUUAGCCUGACAAAGAAAGAUGGAAACACCAACGAAAGUGAUCGCGGAGCUUCGCGAGAAAUUUUUCAAAAAAUUGGAGGAGGAAGGACCACCCGAUUCUAGAGGUUUCCACACUGCUGAUAUAGCCAGGAUAAAAAACAAUGAUGAUUGGCUGAAACGAUUUUUGGAACAUCAUGAGUUUAACGAACAAGAUGCGUUCAACAUGCUUUGGGAAACUUGUACUUGGAGAAGAAAAUUUGGAACAAAUGAUAUCACCGAGGAUAAUGUUAGGAGAGAUUAUUUAGAAGAUGGUGUAAUCUUUAGCUAUAGUAAGGAUAAGGAUGGCAAAAAACUUUUUGUAAUUAAGUCAAAGUUGCAUGUUAAAGGAGUAAAAGAUUUUGCGGAGCUUCAGAGAUGUAUAGUUUAUUGGUUCGAAAGAUUAGAAAGAGAAGAAAAUGGAAAUCAAAUAUCACUUUUCUUUGACAUGGUAGAUGCUGGACUUUCCAAUAUGGAUAUGGAGCUUAUUAAGUAUCUCAUUGGUUUAUUCAAAUCUUAUUAUCCAAAUUUUCUAAACUAUAUCAUAGUUUUGGAAAUGCCCUGGGUUUUAAAUGCAGCUUUUAAAAUAAUAAAAUCAUGGUUACCUGCAAAAGCUAUUCCGAAAAUUAAGUUUGUUAACAAAACCACAUUAAAAGAUUAUGUCAAUCCAAACGAUGCACUGAAAUGUUGGGGAGGUAACAAUGAUUACAUCUUCAAAUUUAUCUCAGAAGAGCAAACAAAUGGAGAUAGCGUAUUAAAUGGUAAACUGGAUAAUAAAAAGGUACACUUUGUAGACAAUUCACCACUUACGGAACAAAGUCCGACUAGUAUUGGGGACCAGAUCAAUGAAGAACAACUCUUAUCUAUAGAACCCACGGAAAUAAUUACGUUUAAUAAAGAUGGAAAUGAUGUCACUGGGACAAUUACACUUAAGAAUAUUACAACUGAUAAAUCUUUAUCUUAUAAGAUAAAGACAACAUCACCUGAGAAAUUUAGAGUACGGCCAAGUUCAGGACUUUUGCAACCAUCUGAACAAAGAACUGUUAUGGUUGUAUUACAAUCUGGCUAUAAUAUACGUGGCCUAUUAAACAACGAUAGAUUUCUAGUCAUGUGCUUCCCCUUAAAAAAUACAAACACUGCUACAACGCAAGAACUGAAUUUACUCUGGAAGUCUGAAAAGGCAACAGAAAUGCACAAACUACGAUGUUGUGACGGUGCUACUGAAAAUAGCGAGACACAAAAAUCUCAUUUUAUGCUAACUUCUGCAGUAGCAGGAAAUGAUCAUAUUGAUGUAUUUUCUUCUAAGAUAAAUCAUUUAGAAAAACACAAUAACAACAUAUACAGUGAAAUCGUUAUUGUAAAAUAUAUGCUUCUAAUUUCAAUAGCAUUGACGAUUUUAAUGGCAAUAUUCAUGGGUUAUGUUUUACAAGUGGAUAUUAAAAAUUUGAUCGAUCAGCAAAAAUCCUGCCGGAUUCCUCGUGAUACUUAAAACAUAUUUUAAAACACGUGUUUGUAAUACUAAUAACUUUGAUAUAUA